AUGCAUGCAAAGGAGAAGCGCCAGCUGGUGCUUGUCACCACUGUGGACAUCGGUGGAGGUUUGACGGAUCAGAUUGAAUUGUAUCUUGGAGACAGACCGGAGGAAAUCGCAGCUGCGUUCUGCAAGAAGAAUGGACUGCCAGACUGCGUGGUUCAGCCCCUGACAGAGCACAUCUGUGAAAACUACCAGGCAGCGCAGCAGGAACACUCUCAGGAUGGAGUUGCCAAUGGGGGCCAGCCACAGCCAGGGCAGCCCAGCAGGGACAGCCUGAGACACUCGGCAGCGCGUUCCUCUCAGUCAGACAGCGCGCUGGAAGGCAUGAGGGCAGAGCUGCUGUCCAGCGGGAGGUCUGUGCACAGUGACGGGGCGCUGCCGGCCAGAAGAGAACGCCUCGAGAUGGAGGCGCGCUGGUGCGCCCAGUCGGAGGCUGCCGAGUCGGCCGCCGCCAGUGACGGCUUCCUCACAGCCGCGGAGUACCGCUCCGCCAAAUCUGGGCCCCCGUCAUCGUCAGGGGGACCGUUCCUGUACGAGCCAGUUGAGGUGAGGGCGCGGCGCUCCACCGCCGGGGGGUCCACCCCCCAGCCCAGAUCCCCCGGCGGCCGCUCCGAGGGGUCCAUGCGCAGCGCACGGAGCGUGCGCAGCGGGGCACGAGACGGCGGCGGCCGGCCGCGGCCACCGCACGAGCGGCUUUACGGCCACGCUCGGGAGAUUGCGCUGAAACAGGAGCGGCGCCGGCAGGCCAGGGACGAUGAGAUCGAUGCGAGAAUGCUGUCGGCGCGCAAGGGAAUGAACUAUGUGAGCGCCGAGCUGAUGCGCGCGCGCGAUGCGGCCGGCUACUCCAGCUACUGCGAGCGCCUGUACGCCGAGGGCCUGGAGGACCUGGAAAAGAAGAAGCUGAAGACGGAAAUUCGGCAGAGGGAGGCGGCUGAGGCUGAGCUGGAGGAGGUGACGUGGGCGCCUCAAAUCAGCCGCAUGGCCCGCAACAUGCGCCGCCCCGAGUCAGACACCGAGCUCUGGUCCCGCCUCGCAAAGCCAGCCCCGCACAAGAAUAAGGAGCGCAUAGAGGAGAUGAAGCGGGAGGUUGAGGAGGAAGCUGCCAAGGAGUGCACAUUCGCGCCCAUCAUCGACAAACUCUCCGAUCGCAUGAUGACCCAGCGCGCCAUAGUGCUCAAGGAGCGGCGCAUCAGCGCGCACGAGCAGCUGUACGCGGACGCGACUAGGCGGCUGCAGCGCCGCGUGCAGUACGAGGGCGCCCUGCCGGAGGAGUUCACAUUCGCUCCGCGCAUCCUCCACCGUGCGCCAGACUCCUGCAAGGUCCUGCGCGGUGACUUGAACGGGAACGGGACCGGUCGCCGCGACUCCGACGCCGAUCUGGCCGAGCGGCUGUACCAGAGGAGGGAGAUGGCAGAGGCUCGCAAGCGCGCGGCGCAGGCGGCGGCGGAUCACCCGAUAGACCCCGCCACCGGCCGCCCUUUCUUCACCCCGGCCAUCAACCAGAGCACCCACCUUCGCCGCCGCAACACCCAGGGCCUCCCCGUCGGAGACUACCUCUACUCCAAGUGGGCGGAGUACGAGGGGCGGAAGGCCGCGCUGAGCGCGAGCAUGGAUGCAGAACGGGAGACUGCUGCGAGCACGGUGAAGACGACAGGCCGCUCGGGGCGCCUGGCCGACCGGCUGCGCGCCAAACGCUUCCACCAGAUCUUCUCCUACCUCGACCAUGAGGGCUGUGGUGUGCUGGACCUGUUGGCGCUGGCUGCCCUGGACGAGCAUGGGCUGAUGAAGACGCUGGAUGCUGAGGUGGCGGCCGACGUGGAAGCUGCCGCGCGGCUGCUCGCCCGCCAGCUGCAGCACAGCCGCCAGGGGCUGAUGAACGGUGGCAUGGAUAAGGAUGACUGCAUGACGCCGCCGCCUGCCGGGCAGGGUGCUGAUGACUCAUACGCACUGCCGCUUGUUGACGCGCAUCACUUUUUACGCCUCAUGGAAGAGGUGAUAGUGCGCGGGCGCGGGGGACCGAGGGCGUACCUGCUGCCGUCCCCGGUGGCCGACAGACGGCGCGACCCGGACGAGGCCACCUUCCAACCCAGCGUCUGCUCCCACUCCAAGGAGCUGGUGGCUCGGCGGCGUGCGGCGGCGUCGGUGGAGGAGCCGGUCUACGAGGAGCUGUACAGGGAAGCCUCCACCAUCAAACAGCGCCUGCAGCGCAAGCAGGCCGCCUUCCAGCAGCUGCAGCUCAAGGAGUGCACGUUCCGGCCGGAGCAGAUGUCGGCGCACAAGGCGGCGCGCGGCCGGGCUCUGGCGAUGAGCGGCCUGCGCGAUGACGUCAGCGCUGACUCAUCCUCCGCAUCCGCGCUCACCCCCGACCCCGACAACCACAAAUACAUGGAGCUGGAGCGGGAGGUACGUGCAACGCUGGCGGCGUCCUUCACGACGACCUGGGACAAUCCAGUGGCGGCCGCCACAUCAUCAGACGAUGACAUCAGCGGCGGCGCUGAUGUGGCGCUGCGCAGCUCCGCCACGUAUGAGAGCCUGGCCGCGCUGCAGAGCCUCGCCGUGGCGGGCGCCGUUGCCGGCUAG